AUGAAUGAACCUCCUGCUGAACUAUCACCACAACCAUCAACUUCAUUCAUUGAACUACUUGUCAAUUUGUCAAUUGAUGAUUCAAGUAGCAGCGGCGGUAGCGAAUCAAGCUUAAGAAGACAGUUUAAUGAAGAGCAUGUUGAACAACAUUGGAAUCAGACAUUGGAAUGGUUGACUGCAUUGUCUAUGAAAUAUGAUUCACCAAAUGUAGUAUUACACAAUAAUCUUGAAUCAGAGACAGAAGAGAUGGUAUACUCUAUCUUUGGUUCAAUGCUAAAUCAUCAUAAUCUAACAGAAGAAAAGAUUAAAGUUUUGAUAUCAACUUUAAAAACUAUCUCUUCCUCCUCCUCAAAUGACCAUUCUCAAGAUUUUAACAAGGUAUUGUUGAGAGAAAGGACAUUAAGAUUACUUGAAAGAUAUUGGCAAUCUUUAUAUAAAUAUAAAACUAUAGUUGAAUCUUGUCUAUUGGGAUAUAUAACAGAUGCUAGUAGCAUUGAUAUGCAACAAAGGGCAAUUCAAAUGAUUGAUCAAAUUGCAGACAAGAAACAAACCAAUGAGAAAUCAGAUGUACAAUUAAGAUGGUUUGCACUCACUGCCUCUAGAGAAUACUAUUUCUUUGAUGUAUUGAAUACUGUAUUUAAAGAGUACUGGGAUUCCACGUCAUUUCAAAGACCGGUACUCUUGGUAGACGAUAUAAUCAUAGAAAGAUCAGUAACUAUAUUGAGUAAAGGGUCACCUCAAUCUUUAUUCUCUUCUUUAAAAUUAAUUCAUCCAAACAAAUUUAGAAUCAUGUCAUCAAGAUUAUUACCAAUAGUAAUAAACAAGAUUAAAGAUAAUGGUUAUGAUCGAUUAAAUGAAAUAGUUAGAUUUGUUAUGGGUGUUGGUGCAAUUGUUGGAAUGAAGUAUUUUAACAAAUACUUGUUUCAAUUGUUCCAAUAUUUUAAAACUGUCGAUGAUGCUUCAUCAUUGGAUCGAGGUGUCAUUGACUUGUUUUUACAAUUGUGUCAUGCGUACGCACCAAGUCAAAUGUCACUCUAUAUGCCCAUCAUUUUAAAACUACACGAAAAAUAUAUUCAAACAAAGGAACAAUUUAUUUUAGUUGAUUUCAUACCAUACAUGCAUCCAUCUUAUUUCGCCAACAAUAUAAAUAAGCAAAUGUACAAAAUGUUGGAAACUAAUAGAUGGUUUGAUCCUUGGAUAACAGUUAAAAUAUUACAAUCAUUAUUGGAUAAUCAUUUAGUUGAAAAUAGUCAAACCCUAUUUUACAAUUGCACCAAAAUAAUCUACCAACAAUGUCUUGGUAAUGCCAAGUAUACUCAUCAACACAGUCAUUACCUAAAACGUGUCAUUGAAUUAGUAGAUAUUUCUUCACCUAGUGGUAGUAAUAGUAAUAUUUUGGUGUUAUCACUCGAUUCAACCAUCGAGUUACUCGGUUAUUAUUUAAGAUUGGAUCAACAAAUUUAUUCAUUUUGGUUUGAGGAACUUUUAGAUAUGCAAUCAAAAAAUAACAAUGACUUUGGUUUGGCUGAAAUAACCCAAGCACUAAUUGAUAAUCAUACGAUAGUAUCUUUUUUAUUAUCACCUCAUAUAAAUCAAUUAUCUUCAUCAUCAUCUCAUCAAAUUAUUAUUGACCCAUUUAUAUAUCACACUCGAUCAACUCUAUCCAAGUUGGAAUCACUAGUUCAUCAACCAGCACCCAGAUUAAUUCAACCAUUAUUAUCAUCAAAACAACAAUUAUUACAAUUACUAAAUAAAUAA